AUGAUUGAGAAAAUCCAUAUAAAUAGAUCUCGUCAGAAACUUAUAAUCUACUCCAUUAUUGUUAUUUGGUUGUUGGCAAUCAACUUAUGGCUCUUCAAAAACUCCCGUGCCAAAACAACUCUUAGUGCUUUUUCUACAGCACCUCCUCACCAUUCCUCAAUUUACAACCAAUACGAUGAUGAAGUCGUAUAUAAAAUGAGUCAACUGGAAAUUGAAAGUGACUUGCAAGGAUUAUCCAGCACCGAGGCAGGCAGCCCAGUUGCUAUUAAAGAUGAUUUCACUAUUCAAUUAUUACAAAACAACUUAAAAACUAAAGAUCUUAGAGGGGUUGAUGCUCAUGCCGAAGUUUAUAAUACUAUUUUUAGUAACCACAACAUUGACUCUAUUUUUGGAAACUUAGAUUUUGAACAUAGAUGUGAGUUAUACUUCAGAAAUCUUUUUUUGAACGAUCACAACUGGGCUUUCAACCCUAAUGAAGAUUUGGAAUUGAUUUACAGAGACGAUUUUGCUUAUGAAGAUUAUUAUCGUGCUCAUAGUGGUGAGAUUAAGAAGAAAUAUUCCGAGAAGAUUGACAAACCAGAAGAUCAAAUUAACGACAACGAUCCAGCCCUUAAGAAAUAUAUUAAACAAGAAUACAAUAGCUGGUUGAACCUGACAAGAUUUAAUGAACAAAUAGUUGUGAAUGGUGUCACCACACUUCGAAUUUUUAACAAAUGUUACAUAAGUAACGAUAAUGCCACCCAAGUUAAAGCUAUGGAUAAGUUUAUCAAGAACCAACAUAAUCUUGUUAGUGCCUUGGCAGCAAGUGAAGGUGAAAGGUUACCAUCUUUCGAAUUAACCAAACAAGAAUCUUUAAUCAACUUGCAGCAAUCAACUUUUGAACACAGAGUUUAUCCAUGGCUUUCAUUUGAACCUCCUGUAUAUGAAAGUUGGCAAGGUCAUGUUUACUAUCAACCUCCAAAUUUACAAGCUAUCCGCAAAGGUAAGCCACAACCAGCUAGUAAAUCUAAAUCUCCUUACUUUUUAAGUCAAUUCAGAGACCAAUGUAACGGUAAGGGGAUCGUAUUAUCUAUCGGUGACAAACAUGCUGAUGACACAGUUAGAUUAAUUCACUUAUUACGUGCUUUGAAUAACAAAUUACCAAUUCAAAUUGUUUACUAUGACAAAUUAUCUACUGCAACCAAAGAAAAAAUUGUUACUGCUGCUAGAGAACCUUUCAACUCCUUGCCAAGAUCUUUUGCGAAAAUUGCUCAUUACUUUCCUGAUGACUAUCUUACUGCAGAAGAAAAUGGGUUACCAAAGCAAGAUGUUUGGUUCGUAAACACUUACAAUGUGAUUAACAACGAAUUCAAAGAUAAAUUCAAAGGCUUUGGUAACAAAUUCUUAGCCACUCUUUUCAACUCGUUUGAAGAAUUCAUUUUGGUUGAUGCCGAUACUGCCAUGAUGCAGAACCCCGAAUUCUUUUUCCAAUUAAGUGGUUAUAAGAAAAGUGGUGCCUUUUUCUAUAAGGACAGAUCCAGUUUCGAAGACAGAAAGGAUUCAGAUGGUUAUUUCUUCAAGAAAAUUUCUCCAUCAAUCAUUGAUUCUGUUAUGUUUAAUAUUCCUAUUAUAACUGAACAUACCUUGGAUCGUGAAUUCUUCAGAGGUGCUUUCCAAUACAUGGAAUCCGGUUUAGUUGUCUUGAAUAGAAAGCAACAUUAUAACGCCAUGUUGAUGAUGUUACAAUUGAACUUUUACCAACCAGUUACUCAAAGAAUCCAUGGUGAUAAGGAAAUUUUCUGGUUAGCUAUGGCUGUCAGUGGUGAUGAAAGAUACGAAUUCAAUGAAUAUUUUGCAGCCGCAAUCGGUGAAGUUACUCCAGAAGCUGACAGAGUAAGGAAAGAUGGAACUAAUGCACAUGCCAAGGAAAUCUGUUCACCACACCCUGGUCAUAUAAAUUCAGAAGAUGGCCACUCAUUAGUUUGGAUCAAUUCAGGAUUCCAAUUCUGUGGUCAAGCCAGUAAGAUUGAUUAUGAUAAAGAAUAUCAGAAAAACACAAGAUUAAAAUGGUUAACUGAUGCUAAUGCAUUUAAAACCUUUUAUUAUGCCCCACUUCGUAUAUCUCAAGCAGUUAUCCCACCAGUUGAUAUCAGAUUCCGAGCUACCAACACUGAAGAAGAACCUGAAAAGGGAUGGCAUAUGGAAACCGAGUAUUGUAAUUCUUAUAUGUGGUGUGCAUAUUCCAGCAUUGGUGGUAAGGUUGAAGGUGGUGGCACAAAUACACGUGAAGGGACAUUGAUUGAAUUCCCGCAAAGUGCUCGUGAUUUGUUCGCUUAUUAUGGUGAUAUUUGGGUAGGUCUUGAAUAG